AUGUUAUUAUGGAGAAAUUUUAUUUAAUAUGAAACAAUAUAGUAAAGCUAUACUAUACUUUACAAAAGCAAAUAUUAUAGAUCCAGAAAAUAUUCAUAAUUUGAAUAAGAGAGCUAUUGCAUACUAUAUUAUUCAGGAAUAUGAUAAAGUUUUAUUAGAUCUUGAUAAAAUUAUACAAUUAGAUCCAUUAAAUAGUUCAGCAUAUUAUUUGAAAAGUCUAACAUAUUAUACAAAGAAUGAUAUUAAUAAUGCUAAAAUAUCAUUUAAAAAGUAUGCAGCAUUAUUGAAUUCUGAUAAUUUCUUAGCAAAGAUUCAGUUAUAUUACCUAGGAUACUUAUUAAAUGAAAAUAUUUCUAAAGAUUUAAGCAAUGUAUUAACAAACAUCAAUCAAAUCCUUAAUAUUGAUAGCAAUAAUGAAUUGUUACUUUUAAUUAGAUGUAAAAUACAUAUUGAAUUAAACAAGUAUUAUGAAGCUAUUGUAGAUUUGGAUAUGUUAUUUGAAGGUGAAUACAAAAAAUAUUACUAUAAAGCUUUUUCAUAUAUUCAUUUAUUACGAAAGCAUUCGGAUUUUUGGUCAUAUUUAUGUAAAGUUCGUGAAAUUGACAAAUGUGAUUUUACCAAACUUGGAAUUAUUAACGAAUUCAGUAAAUACAUGUAUAAAGAAAAAGAAGUAUAUUUUAUUUCAAAUCUUACAAAUUUAGAUAGUAAACUUUGUCAAUUCCAAGAAAGUGAUAUAAGCAGUUUAUCAGGGCUGGUAUUGUGUUCUAAAAAUGAAAAACUUUGUUUAGAUUUGCCUACACUAUGUAAUGAUCCUGCUCAUUUUUUUAUUUAUAAAAUAAAUGUUAAAAAAAUAUUAUCUAAAGAUUGCUUUAUAAAAUUUAUAUAUUAUUUUAGAUAUGAUAAUCAAAGUGAGCAUAUAUUAAAACAUGAAGAUGUAUCAAAACUUGAGGGAUUAGGUUGGAUAGAAUAUCAGAGUUUAACAUAUAAAUUAAAUGGAGUUCAAAUUUCAAUCGAAAUAAAUUCAAUUGAAAUGCAAAUAGAUUAUGUUCGAUAUGGAGGUAGUUCUACUAGAAAAAUAACUCCCAUGGGUUAUUUGUUACCAAAUUAUCACCAAUUUUUAUCAAAUGUUCCAGAAACUUUCAAAGACAAGUAUUUUUCAAGAAAAGAAAUGGAAAAUUUACUUGAUUUAAAUGAUAUCCUUAGCAAAUUAUAAUUAUUUACUUUUCUUAUUAUUCAUUUUGUUUUAUUCAACAUACUAAAAUUUUUUAAAAGUUGAUCGAUCCAUUUUAUCUAUAAAAGAAAAUCUUUCGUUUCAGGAAUUUUUUAUUGAAAGAUAACCGUUGGAAAUUUAUUAUCUACACCCGGGAAAAUACACUAAGAAAUUUAUUUGUAUGGUGUAGGAUAUUUCAUAAAAUAUUAGUAAUUCAACUUUAUAGCAAGAGAUAAAAUAUUACGUAAAACAUUUAUUCAUAUUUUUUAACUGGAUAUAACAAAUUUUAUUUGUUAAAUCUAACCAACGAUAUUUUAUUUUUAACAACAA